AUGUCGCGCAUUCCCGUGGAGGGCAAAGUGGACGAGUACGUGGUUCUAUACACCCCACAGGUGCGACAGAAGCAGAAAAAAUGGCACGACGGCUCCGCCAAGUUCCACCACUUCAACAACUUGCUGGUGCUCUAUGACGACUCAAAUCACAAGAUCGACAGCACGUUUCUGGGCCGUGGGAGGGUGCUGGAGAUAGGAGAAGAGCUCCAGAUUGACAACCAUCUCAUCAGUCUCGAGGAUCUGACAAAGACGACUACAAGGGACAUCUCAGGUAUUUAUACCCGCGAACAGAACACAGGUCUAGGCAGUAAUGCACCCCCCACUCCGCGAGUGUUACAACAGACAAUCUUGCCACAUGUGACCGAGACGACCAAACAGCUGUCCAAUGUGUCCAAGAGGCUCAAACUAAGUCUGGCAACUCCUGUGAAGACCACUACAAGGACCACAGGCACAUUAGGACCCACGAGACUUGUUCUUGAGCAGGUUAACGAGGUUCCAUUUAGGGCGCCUAGAACGGCAACUGAAGGCGCUGUAGCACAGGCAAGUCCUCCAUUUAGCCAGUCAACUACACAAACCCGCACACCUCUACAAACAACGGUUUCACACCUCCGAAACCAUAGCUCCCCCCACACGCCUACUCAAUGCUACACGUCUGAGGAUGACGGAAAAGUGGUUGAAACUACUCCCGUGCGAUCCCCAACCUCGUCGCCCAUCAGAGCGCGUAUCCAGGCUCAGCCAGCUGCCGCUCCUCUCGUCUCGGCAGCUCCCAACCCUCUGGCUCCGUUCAAAAGACCCUACCAGUCUUCUGCCAGAGACACCUUCCUUAACACCGAGCCCGCUCCUCCAAUUGAGUCCGUCAUGGUCCGCGCACGACGAGCAGGUAUGGCUCCUCCACCGAAUGAAGCGGAAUUGACAGUCAGAGAAGUUCUCACUUGUUCGGCCAUUGAUAUCCAGAGGAGAAGUCCGUCUUUGGAUGACUUGGACGACAACUUUCCAGAGCUCCAAGACUACUCGGAACUGAAUCCGGAGCCUAGCCAUGGCUGCACUUCUGUCAACGACUACCCUGACUUUGAUGAUAUCGAAGUCAAUGUCAAACCUGAACCCUUGUCACCCACGUUCCAAGUAAAAGACGAGCCUCUAUCCCCCGUCUUUGUUGUCCCUCGAACUCGCAAUUUCGAUGCGGAUAUUGACAUACUGUCCCAGCUGCACAUAACCAUCGACGACUCUGAUGGAUACGAAGGCAUGGACUCGUUUGCAAGAACCACAGAAGUUAUUGAUUUGGUUUCUGACGAGGAGGAGGAGUGGAACACGGAAGCUGGCCUUAUGUCUCCUUUCAAAGACAGACAUAUGAGAUCACCCGUCGUUUCUCAUUUCAAUGACAGAGACAUGAGUUCUCCUAUUUUAUCUCCUGUUUUAUCACCCAUUGCGUCUCGUCAUAGAUAUCAAGACAACGACAUCAUGAGUUCCCCUGUCCUAUCUCCAAUUCAGUCUUCCUCCUUAUAUCCGUCGGUUAGCUCUCCCAACGAUACUACUCGUGUUGAUAGUGAUAAACUGGACAGUGACAAGGUGGCAGAUGCUCAACACUUCAGUGCCUGGAGUGAUUUAGGAAACCUGGACAAUGAUGAGGAAGAUGGCAUCAGGAAGGUGGCACCUGUUGAAGAAGUGCAAACGCACACACUUCACGAUAGCGACAUCGAGAGCCCUACGAAGGUGCUUGACACACAGAGCCACACUACCACGAAAGCGACACAUUCCCAAAGCCCCACAAAAGAGAGUGCUACAAACAAAAGUCAUACCCAGGGCCAAGCAAAGAGGCACAAUGAUAGCCAGGCAACCACAGAUUACAAAUCCAUUGGCACUACAUCCAUGAUCAAGGAGGCCUCAGACGAGCCUCAGGCCCAACCCCCAUCCAAAUGUUCAAGUUUCUUGGACAAACCUUUCUCGGUCCCUUUUGCUAAACGAGGCUCGAUCAAUACAGCUUCAAGAGCCGCCUCACGAACAACUACUAGACAAACUUCCACUGCAUCCACGCCUUCUUCAAAGCUCACCAUCUCCGAGAACGGUCCCUGGACCAAAGAGACUCUCGAGUUGUUUGCAUGGAGAGGAUGA